CUUGCGUUAAGAACUUACAUACCAACCUUAAUCACACACAGUAUCUGCUUAAAGUUUCAAUAAAUUUAUUUAUUUGUUUUUUUUUUAUAAAACAAAAUGUCAACUACAUCGUUGGACAUCGACGGAAUGAGCGCUGAGGAGAAAAUUGAACAAAUUAAAAUGAUGCGAGAUUUGAUUCGUCUCAAAGGGAAGUCAGGGGAUGGAUGUAACUCUGCGUUUCAAAAGAUUGGCAAGAAAAAAAACCUUAUUAGCGACACUGUUAUGUCUGCUGUAUUUGUAACUAGUUUUGUUUUGAUUGUGGCAAUGGCAUUAUAUUCGUUUAGAACUUUAUACCUUGCCAUACAGAAAAAAUUUCCUUCUCAGCACACAGAAUUGUAAUAACUGGCACAAAAAAUUUAAAAUAUAUGUUAUUUCAACUUAGGCAUUUGUAUUAACAUUAUAUAAAAAUAGUUUUAAAUUCUAA